CUUACUUUUGUUUUUCCUCUCAUUCUCUGUGUCUCUUACACAGUCUCGCUUGCUUCGCUUUUGGCGGUUUAGCUGGAACAUUCGCUCGACAUCUCAAGCUUUGCUUUAAUGUGGCUUUGGUUUAAAGGAAAUGUACGGAAACAGGCAACAAAGUUUUGUAUCGGAGAUGACGUCACAUUCUGGAGGAGACACUUCCAUGACUCCAAGUGACAAAGCAAACACAUUGAUGUGUAAAUUUCAGGUUGAGGAAGAUGGAUCCUUAGUUUCUGCUUCAGAAGAUGAUGUGAUGGAAGUUGAGCAUUUAUUUGUGGAACCAAAAAAUGACAUGGUUCUAGUGGAUAACAUCUUAUGCUUCAACCCAGAUGUUCUGGAAACACAGGAUUCUAAUACUACUCAAGGAGGGAAGAAGGAAUCAAAAUUUGAAUUUCUUGACGGAGUGUUGAAUGGAGUUGAUGGGGAGGGGGAUCUUCAGAUAACAAAUGGGCUAUCUACCAUGUGUGAUGAGUAUCUGUUGGAUGCUGAAUUUGCUGGUAAAUUUUCUGAUUUGAAUUAUGGUUCAUGUGGAGGGUCUUGUCUGGGAGACAUUGGGUUGGAAAGUCAAUCCUCUGAAUGGAGUGGGAGAAAUUGCCAUACUUCUGUGUUAUCAGAAUUGUCAACAUCAACUAUUCUAGUGCCUGAAUCUUCAUCUGAUCCAAAUGCUAGGUUACUUGACAAGAUCAGCAUUUACGACCUGCAUGAGACAUUCAGGAGCACAUUUGGACGUGAGACUUUUGUUUCAGACGAGCAGUGGCUUAAGUGUCGUAUCUCAUUCGGUUUACAGAACCUUGUUGAGUUUGAGAAUGUUUCGAGCUUAUUGGAGUGUGGAGUGCAAACUAAUGAGAAUGAAAGCAACAUGUUCACUUCUUGUAGUGGUUCUUCUGGACAAGUGCAUCCGCUUUCCACUGAUGCUCAGGGGAGCAAGAUUAGAUCAUUAGGCAGAGAUGUGGAAAGGGAAAACAUUGCUGCGGGGGUUGAAUUGGUGACAACUUCUACUGAGUCCGGCAAAGUUGGAGUUGAACUCUUGGAUUUGGGAGAUGGAGAAGGUUUGCUUCUAAGACGGAAGAGAUUGCGCAAGCCCACACGGAGGUAUAUUGAAGAGUCAUCAGCUUUGAAAUCAAGAUGUUAUACUGGAAAACUGGAAACUCCUACAACCAAUUCAAGGGAUAAAUUUUUUCCGGUUAAAUCUCACAGUCAGCAUCAGCGGAAGGGAUUUGGAGCCACGCCUUUGGUUUGUCGGCAGGACUAUCUUGGUGGAUCUGGUAUUCAGGUGCCAUUUGGUCUUCGGGCUCGGAAAGGACGCCCAAAGAAAAGUAGAUACAUUUCGGGCUACGACUCUGAUAGUAACAAGGAAGACAAAUUACCCUCAGUUCCCAAUAGAAAUUCUGUUACUGAAACUGCUGCUGAAUCACAAGAUGACAUGUCUGACGACUCGGUCACAAUAAUUAAAACUGUGAAAAGUGGGAUGAGGCGGAAACAUCACAGGUUGUGGACUCUUUCUGAAGUGCUGAAGUUGAUUGAUGGUGUUUCUCGAUAUGGAGUUGGAAGAUGGACUGAAAUAAAGAGGCUUUUGUUCUCGUCAUCUGCUUAUCGAACAUCUGUUGAUCUGAAGGAUAAAUGGCGGAAUCUGUUAAGGGCUAGCUGUGCACAAUUGCAGAGCAAUAGAGAGGUUGAAGGACGGAAAAAUGCAUGCCGACCAAUACCACAAUCUGUACUACGACGUGUAAGCGAACUGGCUAUCAUUUAUCCAUACCCGAGAGAGCGCAAGUCCAACCUCUCAUAUGCUACUGCAAUUGCUGCCCCCGUUACCUCUGCUCUCAAUGGUGGCACUCCUAUUAGCCGCAGUGGAAGAAUUGUACACAGGAAAAGUCAAGUCUUGAAAUUAGUUGGGUAAAGAGAACCACCUUUUAAUGGCCCCAAUGGAUGGUCACAGGAACAAUUUUUUACUUGACAGUGGAAUGAAAGUGAGGUUUAUGAUCUCCCAGUCUCAGACUAUUGGUUGCCCUCUUCAUAUGUACAGUUUCCAAUAUGUUCACGUAAUCUAGGAAGAUCAUUGCUGCAGUAUGCCAGCUACCAGCGGGUGUUGUACAAACAAAUGGACUUUUGUCUUUACUAAGUGAAGAACAUUUUUGAAGUGGUUGUA